AUGGUGUUCUCUGCACUUAAAUCCGCCUUUGCAGUUGGCGCUCUUGCCGGCGUCACUGCCGCAGGCCCCCUAUCAACAGCCAAUGUCUCUCAACCCAUUUUCCAUCGGCCCACUAUCUCUAUACCGGCCGCUUAUCAGGGAUUGGGCCUCCCCAUGCCCUCGGUUGUGACAAUAACCAAGCAGUUGACUAUUGUUGUUAGCAAUGUCGCCGUUGACUGCAUCCAUGGCCCGAUUCCCACGCCGCCCCCGAAACCGACUUGCGAUAUGAACAAUCUUCUUCGGCCGGUGACUAGUACUCGGCAAUACUGUGGUGGCCAUGUUGAUUUGCCUCCUAGAGGACGCGAAUUUGAACAUGAAAAUGAGGAAGAGGACAAUGAGGAAGAGGAUGAUGAGGAAGAUAUCGACGAGGAUGAUGAUGAUGAGGAUGAGGAUGAUGAGGAUGAUGACUCUCAUCUCGAACCACGUCUUAGUGAAGACUGUACAGCUCAAGUGAUGGAAGGCCCCAGCAUCACCAUUUGGCCUACCUUGACCAUGCACACCACCACCACGACCGUCUCCCGCUAUGUCAACUGCGGCCCCUGCACCAACGUCUCGCCCAUCCCUUACUACUCCCCGGGCAUCGAACCCGUCGUCAAAUUCAGCACAACCGUCACGGCCAUCCAGCCCUUCACGACGACUGUCCUCGAGUGCGAGCCCCGAGCUACUCGUGCAGAUGAGUUUCUCGAGAGAGAUUUUGGCGUCCCCGGCAUGUUCCCUCCUGCUAUACCGACACUCAUCACCAAGAUCGACCCUUGGCCUCCGGCUAUUACAUCGUACACGGACUACCCUGCCGGGGCUACCGUUGCGACUUGCGCCAGAAUCUAUCAUCUCUUCCCGUCUCGUCUGGGCAGAACACGGAAGAUCUAUACUGCCACUCACACCUCGACUGCGCACAAGGAUUGCGGUGACUGUGCACUGAUUUGGGCGACGGGUGAGUAUCCUGUUCCCGUCGGGCCUUUGCCAACCACUGUGACCAAGAAGGGGAAGUCGACUGUAACCGCCAUGGUUUGCAAGACCCGGUUUUAA